AUGUUGUUUACUGAUUUCUACAAACACUCAAACUCAAUCACUACUCUGCUUCUUCCUCAUUCCACAUCGGUCGUAUCGUAUUCGAACUCACCUGUAAUCGUGAGUGGCUCAUCUAUAGCUCAAAAAUCGAGCCCAGGGCUCGAUGAGCAACAUACUUCUGAACUAGAGGAAGAGGAACCGGCAUCUAUGCUUAGAUUGUCCGGUUUGGCAGUCUCGUUUGCUGCAGCAUCGGCUUUCCUUUAUGUAAUCUGGAGAAGUGGACCGUCAUCAGAAAGUACCACUAAAUUAGCCUUUCCAAAGAAUCUUGAGGAUUUACGAGAAAUUGCCGAUGAACUUGAUGGCUACAAGGAUGCUCAUCCGGUGUACACUGCUAUAAUAUUCGGUUAUGCCUACCUCUACAAACAAACAUUUGCGAUUCCAGGAUCAUUUUUUCUGAAUCUUUUGGCUGGUGCACUAUUCGGUGUUUGGUAUGGGUCUGUUUUCGUUUGCAUAUUGAAUUCGAUUGGUGCAUCUGGGUGCUUCCUACUCUCAGCGCUCUUCAUGAAACCUAUCAUAGACAGAUGCUUCAAAAAUCGAUUAGCCUUGCUUCGCAGAAAAAUAGGUAUAGAGCGACAGCAGUUAUUUAUGUUCUUGCUUGGAGCUCGAGUAUUUCCGUUUUGUCCACACUGGUUACUAAACAUCUGUUCGCCAUUUGUCGGUGUUUCACUGCUUACUCACGCAGUCACAGUUCUAAUAGGUCUGAUCCCAUACAAUGUGUUAUGCGUGCGUGCUGGAUGUGUUCUAGCAAGCGUUCGUUCCAUUCACGACGUGUUUGAUGUGAAAACUGUUUUGGAAUUACUAGCAGUUGCUGCGCUUUUCAUUGCAAUCGGUCUGCUCUCACGACGACGUCGACGAAAUGAAGUGGAGUUGCCGCAUGACGCCUCAGAUUCCAUGGUUGCCCUAGCAACUGAUUUCCUCACUCUUGUCUUACGAACACAAUCCUGA